AUGGUGGAGAUUCUGAUGGAAGCUGCUGCCAUUGGUGAAAAUAAUGAUUGUCAUGGUAUUGUGAAAGAGGUUAUGUUUGGCCAGCUUGUGCCUAUGGGUACAGGUGCCUUCAACAUCACACUGGAUAUCAACAUACUUAAAGACACCAUUGUUGAUCAUCAUCUGCUGGUGCAAAAUAUUCUUACUGCUCAUGUGGACUGCAGUAUGACACCAAGCCAAGUAGCGAUGAUGCCAUAUGACACAAACUCCCCUGCAUGGUCAGAGAGUAACUUCAAGGGCAAGUUGGCAGCCCUCUCACCCCUUUCUGUCAAUGGCAGAGAAGAUCCCACCAACUUUUCAUUCCUUGGAUAUGGGAAGAGUCCUUUGGGUGCAGGAGACAUGUCACCCACUGGCCCCCCUGGGUAUAGUCUGAGCUCUCCCAAUGCAUACAUCACCUUAUGUCCCUCAAUCUCCAUACAGUGGAAUGACCUCACCAUUUGGUACAUUGGUACAUGUGACAUCCCCAUUCUACAACAGAAGCCAAGGGGCUACAUCACCAACAUACUUCCUGACAUCACCUGCUCUCAAUCUCAUGUCUCCCUGUUAUUCACCAACCAGUCUGUGGUACAGUCCACAACUGCCUUCCUUCAGUCCCACAUCUCCACAGUACUCACCAACUGGCCCAUCCUUUGUCUCUGA